CCUGUGUUACACGUUACAAUAAUGGCGUUCUCACAAUCAUUCAGAAAAGGACAAAUACCUGUUAAUUGUAGUUUAUGCGAAACAGAUAGACCUAUCAAGUGGAAAUGCAUAGACUGCAAUAUUCUCAUGUGUAAUCACUGCAAAGAAUUAGUUCAUUCUAAAUUCAAAAAUGCACUAGAGCAUAAAGCAAUAGACAUCAAAGAUAUAGGACUGCACACAGAGGAAAUUGAUUUCACCAAUAUUAAGUGUAUACAACAUUCAUUACAAUCUUGCUGCCUUUUUUGCAAGACAUGUGACUUUCUUGUGUGUCCCACCUGUUUUGCCAAAGAUCAUAAGAAACAUGACUUAACUGAGAUUAGUGAAGGGUACAAUAUGAAAAUAAAGAGGCUGAAAAAAGAACAUGGUAAAACUCAAAGCAGCAAUGCCGAAUCAGCUAUCCAAAUAGACCAGCUUCAGGAACUUGUAAAUGAAAAAAAUCUCAAGCAUUCAAAAGUCAGAAAAGAUAUUAUGGAUCAUAAAAAAGUUAUUAAAGAACAAGUAGAAAAAUAUUUCAACGAACUCAGUAACAAACUGGAUCAAAAUCAUGAAAAUGCUCUUUCAUCACUCAAGUCUGAUCUUAAUGCUAUCGACUUAUUCAAUACACAGACAAAGAAUAAAACAAUUGAAGUCCAGGAAUUCAUUCAAAUCACUGAUGCUUCUAAAUUCUUCAGAGAGGUCAACAAGAUGGAGACGUCCCUUGAAAUUCCAAUACAAGAAAUUAAGUCAAGUUACAUUUCUUCACCAAAAUUUGUUCCAGGAAAUAUCACCCAAUCUAAUAUUGGAUCUUUAGAAGAUGAUGAAAAUUUGUUCAUGGAACCAAAUAUAUCUCUAGUUAUCAACAAAGAAUACCAGUCUGACCUCAAAGGAAUAACCUUUAUCAGACCAUGCAUUGACAAUUCAUACUGGAUAUGCUCUACUAUUGAAAGUAAAUUACAAAAAGUAAAAUCUGAUGGGGCCAAACUUUGCAAAAUAUCGCAAUAUGAGAAAGAGGUCUUUGGCAUAGCAGUACUUUCAUCUAAUGAUGUCCUCUUAGCGACAGGGGGACCAAGACUAAAACAACUCACUAUUACCACUGGUAAACUGACAGACACUGUGUAUAAUGUUGCCCCUUUAACUCCUUCUGCCAUCCACAUUACCAGUGGUAAUAAAGUAGUUGUAGGAGGUAAAAGUAACAAAUUAGGAAGAAGAGCUGUGUUUGUAAUGAAUGAAGAGGGAGAACUUGAGACUGUAUAUGAACAUGAUAAACAUAAUCAACCUAUAUUUACUUACCCAAGGAGAAUAACUAGCACCAAAAAUGGAAAUAUAUUUGUGGUAGAUUGUGAACCAGCCUGUAGUAGAGGAAGAGUAGUAGUCUUAGAAGAAGGAGGUCAUAUAAUAAAUGAAUAUACCGGCCAUCCAGAUAUCAGUAAGGAUCAACCAUUUAAACCGAGGGACAUAGUGGCAACUCCUAAAGACAAUGUGGUUGUGUCACAUCAAAAUGAUUCAUCUUUAUACAUUCUAAACAACCAAGGUCAUCCAAUGACAUACUACAACACUAAUAACAUAGGAAUAUUCUAUCCAUGUUCUCUUGCCUUCAGUUCAUUAGGACAACUCUGCAUAGGAUGUGUUAUGAUUCAAGAAAGUAAUGAGAAAGCAAAAAUGUAUGAAGUGAACAUUUCUGGAUUUUAAUAUUUUUUUUAAUUAAAAAUUCCAUCAAAAGCUGUGAACAUGCAGUACCAGAACAUGUUAUAUCUAAUGAAACUUUAAUUGUACAAAGUAAACAUUAUAAAUACAAAUGAGGUUUUCCUUUUUAAAAGAACAACAAACAAUCAAAUAAUUAUUUGCUGUUUUGUUUUGCCCUAACUGCUUUAUUUUUUUUUUAGAUUUAAGCCAAAAACUGCAGCUUUACCCAUA